AGUUAUAAUGCAGUUUGUAUUAUCCCCGAUAUCUCGACAAUAGUACAUAGGUAGUUAAGAAAUCAUGAAACGCAUUUUUCUUCUCUGGUUUUUGAUACAAAUCACAAGUGGUGCCCGAAUUUUAGCGGUUAUUGGUAAUCCUUCAUUCAGCCACCAACUUUUUUACAGACCAAUAUGGUUGGAACUCGCAAAAAGAGGUCACGACAUAGUUCUUCUUACCACAGAUCCAAUGCCAGAAGUACCAGCCAAUAUCAAACAAAUAGAUUGGCACUUCGCGUACGAAAUCAGACAUAAUAAGUACGACCUAGCAAAGAGAAUGAAAGACUGCAAUUUUAAUAUAUUUACAAUCAUGAACAGCUUUCAAGAGGUGUUUCAUGAUAUUGUAGAUGAGGAAUUAUCAUCUCCAGAGGUCCAGGUUUUAAUUCGUAAUGAAACGGAAUAUUUUGAUCUAGUUAUAACAGAGUAUUUACCAGCGACAUUGACUGCAUUUUCAGAGAGGUUCAAAUGUUCGUUUGUUACGGUAUUUUCUACUGAAGUUGGUAACUCUUACCACCAGGUAUUAGGGAACAUGCUAAAUCCAGUUCUAUAUCCAGAACACAUGGCUUCUUACGAAAUAAAUCUUAAUUUUGAACAAAGGCUGUCCAGUACUCUGUACUGGCUCUACAACAGUUUUUAUAAACAGUCUAGUUGGGACAAAAUGAAUGACGCCUUACUGAAGAAACAUUUUGGACAAUUGCCACCGUUGAGGGAUAUUGUUAGAAAUGUUAGUGUAGUGCUAGUAAAUUCUCAUCAUGUUUUUAGUUCCAAACCCAUGGGACCUGGGUUUAUUAGAAUAGGAGGUGGUUUACAUGUCAGCCAGAAGAAUGAGUUACCACAGGAUAUUAAAUCAUUUUUAGAUUCAGCAGCCGAAGGUGUAAUAUAUUUCAGCUUAGGCACUAACGUGAGGAGUAGUAAUAUUCAACAGGAUAUUUUAAACAAAUUUUUGAAUGUAUUUAAACGCCUACCUUAUAAAAUUUUAUGGAAACUAGAUGCUGAUAUCCCAGAUAUACCAGCUAAUAUUAAAAUUUUUAAAUGGGUACCCCAACAAGAUGUUUUAAGGCAUAAAAAUAUAAAAUUAUUUAUAACCCAAUGUGGAGCACAGUCCAUGGAAGAAUCCAUACUUGCAGAAGUGCCUCUAUUGGUCAUACCAUUUAUUAGCGAUCAAAAAAUGAAUGCUCAAAAAAUCGUUAACAGAGGAUUGGGUAUAGAAAUUGACAGAACAACUAUGACAGAUCAGCUUUUGUAUGAAUCUAUCAUGGAACUAAUAAAUAACGAAAGUUAUAAGCGAAGAGUUAAGAAAACAGCAAUCCUUCUUAAAGAUGAACCAAUGUCUGGAUUAGAGAAGGCAAUAUGGUGGAUCGAAUACGUCAUCAGGCAUAAAGGAGCAAAACAUCUUUGGCAUCCAAACUUGGAUCUACCUCUUUACAAGUAUUUCUUAUUAGAUGUGUUUGCUUUUCUGUUGUUAGUCAUUGUUGUCUUAAGUUUUAUGAUAUACAUGGUCUGUUACUUUUUGAGAAAAAAGUUUUUUAGCAGCUGCAAAGUUGUGAAAGUCAAAAAAUGUUAAUUUUUUAAUAUAAAACUCAUAAAGAUAUAUUUUACUUGUAUUGCUGUAUAAUAUGCAGGUAAAAAUUUAUAUGAAUAUUAAUAUAAUAAUAAUGUUACGUCUAUUUUUUAGUAUUUACCUUAAAUGCCUCGCCAAAUAAGGCCAUCGGCAUGGUAUAGUACAGGGGUGGCCAAACUGUGGCUCGCGAGCCACAUGUGGCUCUUUGAAGGAUUAUUUGUGGCUCUCAAUAAAUAAUGUCCUGAAUUACUUUCAAUUUUUGUGUUUCAAAAUGUCUUAAAUUACUAACAACAAAUUUAAAUAACUAAGUGUAACAUUAGGACUUUGACAAGGAGACCCCUUCACCGUUGCUAUUCAAUUUGGCCUUAGAAUAUGUAAUAAGUAAAAUAUCAUCUCGACGCUGCCAAGCCAAAACGGCAUAAACGCCAAAAUGACCAGUUUUGAGGUAGAUGCACGAAAAAAUAGGAUUUUAAUUUCCGCACCAGACAGUCACCGCGGCAUAACCGAAAACAAAGUGAAAUAGGUGUAAUAUUGGUUUAAAGUUUUUAUAAACGCCAGUCUAGUCACGCACGUGAAGGUCGACGUGAACACUGAUUGACACAACCGCCAGUGCCCGUAAGGUUAUCAUUGUGUACAAUUCGGUCCAGUAAUAAUAGUUAAGGUAUGUAUUUUUACAAUUUUUAUGGAUAAGUAACAUGAUAUUACUUACCUCUGCAAUAUUUUCAAUUUGUAUUGAUUUUUGAAGCGUAAACACCCUGAAUUUCUUUAAAAACUAUGAGGCGUUUAUGCCAAAACCAAAUAUUUACAUCGUGGUUGACACAAGCGCCAUUCCUCAAUGGUAUUCUUAUGCAGGUUUCUUUUUUAAAAAUUGCGCAAAUAAAAAGUUUAUUUUAAAAUUUUUUAUUGUAACUUUGUACUAGUGUAAUGAACAAUUCUUUUUGUACUACAGCAUAUAGUUCAAAUCAAUUUUAUAUAGCUAAAAAUGGCGAUCGAUUUUUGGCGUUUAUGCCAUAUUUGUGUUGCAGAUGAAUAUCAGAAGUAAAAAAAUAACGGCCUUACUAAAUGAAAAUAAACCAUAUACCGAAGCAGCACAAAAUGAUAUACAGACUGGCAAUAAUUCCCCUAUAUUCCCCUUAGAGGUUUAUGAUAUUUAUAAUGCCAACAUUGCAGAAGCUUUUAGCAAUGCCAUUAUCAUAAUUAAGGACCACCAUACGUUGCAGCAGAAGAAGAAAUAUUUAGUCACGAUCUCACAUCAUGUUUCUACUUAGCAGCAGAUAAUGGUUUGGGUUCCGGUAUAAGUAGUGAUCAAAAUAAGGGAAAUACAAGCAAUCAAAUCAAUACGGAUGUUGAACCAAAUAUUGACAGUGAUUGUGAAUUAGAAUCCGCCGAUUCAGAAACAACUGAUGAUUCUGAUGAGGACAUAAAUCCCGAUAAUAAAAGAAAAAGAAAGUCAAAGAAUAAAAAUAAAAGCAAAAUAGAAAACCAUAGAAGUGAAGAUUGUGAUAAUAAUAAUGAAGAAGAUGGUAUUGUUUGUAAAACAGACAAGAAGAAAAAACAAGAGUUUUUAAAAGAUUCUGGAAGAGAAUACAUUAACGUCCGCGGAAAAAUUAUGAAUAAUUAUUUCCUUAUUUGUUUUAUAAAUUAAAAAAUAAAUAUUUUUAUGUAA